AGAGCGAGAGAGAGAGCGAGAGAGAGAGAGAGAGAGAGAGAGAGGGAGAGAAAGAGAAAACAAAGCGCAACACUAAACAAAUCAAAAGCAAAUGAGAAAACACUGAAACGACGGAAGGAAAUAUGCGAAACGCGGUGACAACACUCCCCACGGAAACCGUGCAGCUUCUUCUCCGCUAGACGAUUCUGCAGUGGCCAUUUUCACGUACGGAAAAUAUCUCUGAACACGAAUUUUUCUUCUAUUCAUAGUUCUCCGUUUAAAAUGAUUCAAACUGUUUUUGGUGAAGAAGAAGAAGAAGAAGAAAGCUCUGAAGGCGUUUAAAUUAGUGCUCUUAGAACGUGGUUCCGCGAUUGUAGACAUCCGUGGAGUAAUUCGAAGACGCCUGGGGCUACAGGUAAAUUUGCUAGUUUUGUUGGAGAUUCGUUGUUUGUUCGUUACGGACAAGUAUGAAGAGUUUAUCGCAUUUGUUAGAAGUUGCAUAUUAUUCUACGCACGACGUUAAAAAUAUGUUCCUUGGGAUGUAACUCGGUUUAAAUGUUUUACGAACUUUCGAUUAAUUCAGAGGAAUACAAAAGAACAAUGCGUCAAUCUUCGAUCGAUACAAGUUAAAGUCUCAUACCAUUCGAAACGAUUCUGUUCGAGUUUAGAAUCGUUUAUUACAAAAAUCAUUAACUUAUCAUAUAUUUAUUUUGUAUAUGAAAAUUGUUGUUCUACUCGGUUUCUAAAUAUUCCGAUUCAUAAUCCGCACUUGUUCAAGGAACAAGUUCCUCCACGUAGCCAAUUUUCCACGGCGCGAAAGUUCGGCCGUUUUUCUUCGGAUCGUUUCCGUUGAAAACCGAGCGUUUCUCGGCGAUUUUGCUUAAUUGUCCACCGUGGACGGUGAAGUGCGUAAAAAUAAGCGCAUCAUGUUCUUGCUCCAGUCGCGGAACCAUCUUUGCCGGAUACCGAGGGGGAGAGCGCCUCAUUAAACGCGGCACGGUCUUUGCGUGAAGAGUGUGUGUCGCCGCGCUUUCUUUAUUUCGAUCCACGGAUUUUUCGUGCGUAAGUGACCACGCCUUCGCAAGCACACAGCAAACGAGAAACAAAACAUAAACCAACCGAACGUUGUACGUAAAGUGGAACAGUAAACGAAAACGAACGAACAAAAAAAGAAAAUACGAAAAAAGAAAAAGAAAAUGAGAAAAGGGUCGACGCGCGAGAAAGCAAAAUAUGUAAUGAUGAAAAAUUUUCGUGAUCGAACGGCAGGAAAAAUUCAACGAGAGCGAACGAGAGUGGAAAGUACGAUGGAGAAUCGAAAUUCUCGCGAGAAUCGUGGGAGAUCGGUCGGGUUUCGUUGAGUAUCGCGUUCGGUGUCCGGUUCCUCCGGAGGUUCUUAGAGAAUGGCGAGCCCGGUUGCUCCUGUAAAUCGAAGAUUCGCGAUCCGGGUAAGAUGAACGGUCGGAUAAGUGGCUAAGUAUCUCGCCGACGGAUAAAAGGAUAAUCGAACGAAGGAACAGUUGCCUAUCGGUCUCUUGGACGUUUCCGACCACGGUCUGGGCGCGCGACGAGAAAUUGGCUUCGUCUCUUAACAAGUUCUGGUUUAAGGUGUGUGAAAAUGCCGGAUACUAAGGCAAUUGCACAGCUGACAAUCACAACGUGAGCGGUUUGUUCGUUUACGCGGAUCAUCCGGGGGAUAAUGAUUACAGAACAGACCUGGAGCAUGAUGCUGGACAGCGAUGUCGCGGGCAUCAAUGAGUUGAGUAUUUCCCCGAGGAAACAAUUAUGGAUCAAGGCAGUGAAGAAGCUGACUUCCGAGAGGCUGGGCAGAGAAGGACUGGCGGCGUGGGAGGAUCGGAAGUCCAGCAGCGAUCCGGAAGUUCCAGACGACACAGAAACGGAGGAGGCGAUCGACGACGAUGAGACUCCGGGGGAUCCGGAAGUGGACCUGGAUGAUCAAUCUGUCGACGCCGAAGCCCAGACGCAGCGAGAUGUAUUCAAGAAAGGGGUCCUCUACAAGGGAAUAUUCUGUCCGUCGCUCUCGAACAGCUUCCACAGCAAGAAGCUCGAGACGUCCUACCUUCAUUAUUCGAAUCGUCAAAGACAGAAAUCGUUGAUCAUGCUCAACAUCGUUGACCUGAGCCUAAAGAUCGUUCUGUUGGCAAUAUGGCUGUGGCAAAGGGACGAGGACAGCGCCGGUUUGAUCGAGUCCUUGUCCUGGGCGUCCUGUUGCAUGGCGGCGAAUAUGGUAGUCUGCAUUCUCGGCUGGUGGCGAUGUUUCUCCAAUAAUUAUUUGUACUGGGCUUCCAUAUUCACUUGGUUACUGAUCAAUUCGCAAGGUUUUAUAGGGGCCGGUCUAGACUUCGCUAGCCAACAGCGACUAAUGUGGUAUAUUUUGUUUGUCGUGUAUGCACCGUACGCCAUGCUGCCGUUGCCAUUGAGAUGGUGCGUCCUUGCCGGUUAUGGGACAGCAUUGACCCACAUGGUUCUGGCGGGAAUUACCUUAUUACGAGAUCCCACACACCUGCACGAUGUCGCGUGCAUAGUUCGAAUGCUAACGACCAACGUGCUUCUUUAUCUUGCAAUGAAUCUAGCUGGCAUGUACACUAAGUAUUUGACAGACAGAGGACAGAGGCAGGCGUUCCUCGAGACGCAUCGAUCCCUCGAGACCAGGCAGAGGACACAGAAUGAGAACAAUCGACAGGAGAAGCUGCUGCUGUCCGUUCUGCCCGAUUUCGUUGCGAAAGAAAUGAUUUGCGAUAUCGCCCGCGAAACGGCUCGAGGCGGCACGAUCUCCUUCACGCCGAAUCAAUUUCACAGAAUCUACAUUCAUCGUUACGAGAACGUUAGCAUACUCUUCGCGGACAUCAAAGGAUUCACUGCGUUGGCUAGCCACUGCAGCCCUCAGGAGCUCGUCAAGGUGCUGAACGAUUUGUUCGCCCGUUUCGACAAACUCUCCGCGGAGAAUCAUUGUCUCCGAAUAAAAUUGCUCGGCGACUGUUAUUAUUGCGUUUCCGGGCUGCCGACUGCCAGAAGCGAUCACGCUCAUUGCUGCGUCGAAAUGGGCCUGCACAUGAUUAAAGCGAUUAGGGACGUCCGAUACACGACCAAGGUCGAUCUGAACAUGAGAAUUGGGAUCCAUAGCGGCUCGGUUCUGUGCGGUGUGCUGGGUCUUCGAAAAUGGCAAUUCGAUGUCUGGUCCUACGACGUGACAUUGGCGAAUCAUCUCGAAAGUGGAGGCAUUCCUGGGAGGGUGCACAUCUCGGAGGACACAUUAAAUUGUCUGAACGACGUUUACGACGUGGAGCCGGGGAACGGAGUCGACAGGGACAAUUAUCUGAAGGAGAGGAACGUGGUGACAUACUUGAUCAAACAAGUGGAGCCGUUGCGAUCGAGGAGGAGGUAUUCCUCGCGGCCAAAAAUAUGGUCGGAGGAGGAUGGCGGCAAGAGUAAAAAGAGCUUCAAAUUGAACAACCCUCUGGCCGCGAAUAGCAACGCUCCAAAUUCCUCGACGGAGGACGACAUUGGUGUCGACUGGACUCCGGAAAUUCCGUUCGAAAACUUGAACACCGCGACGUCGGUCAGCAACUUGGAAUCGGAGUACCUCGAAGAAGAAAACGGCAGCAAGAGCAAAACCGCUCAGGCUGAAAAGCUGAAGGCUGCCGGCCUUGAAACCGCGAGCAACAAGCGCAUGAGAUCGGCGAACAUAAACGCCUGGACUUUGCGUUACAACGACGAAAGCCUAGAAUCGAAGUUCGGCCAGCUGCGCGAGGACAUGUUCAAAUCGAACAUGAUCUGCUGCUUCGUGGUCUGGAUAUUCAUCGCCAUCUGCCAAGCCGUUAUUUUACCCGACUGUACAGUCCUCCUGUUAUCCUUGCUGUUAACAACGCUGAUCCUGGUGGCGUCGAUCGUCCUGGUGAUGGCAGAGGAGUUUAAAAGCCUGCCGACGUACCUGCAACACGCCUCGUCGAUGUUGGUGCACAACAAACGACAUCGGACCAUCUUCAUCUGCAUCGUGAUCAGUCUGAUGGCUCUGACGUCGAUCGUCGGCGUCCUCGCCUGUCCGACGUCGAUCCGACGAUAUCCGGAAGCUCUCGUUCUCGAGCAGCAACAGUUGGUCACGCCGACCUUGAAGCCCGAACGUUUGGUAGCACCCACGGCUGGUCUUGAUCAGUUUAUAUUGACCUUUUUAGAGGCAGCUCUUCGGGACGAGUCGUCGGAAGAUCGAGAUCGCGUCACCGGAGAAAAUCGGACGGAGUUCAGCGGAUCCAACGAUAUCGAGAUGGAUCUAGCCAGGAUCGAUGGCGGAGCUCGGCUGUCGAGGCGACGGAGGGAGAAAGGAUUCUUCAGGUUCGGCAGGGAAGAGGUCGUCUCGAGGAAGAUACUGUCAGCGACGGAUGCCGAAGCCGAAGCUCUGUACUCUUCGGAUUACGAUGACGAGCUUCUCAUGGAAACGACCUGCGUACGGCCGGAAUACAUCGUUUUUACGUGGAUCUUGUGCUUGAUCGCGCUCGCGUCGGCCCUGAAAUUGUAUUAUCUGGUGAAAACAGCCUUGGCUACCAUCAUCGUGUCGGUAUACGCUGUCCUCAUCCUGGUGGUCUGCAAGGACUUCUUCACGAUCUCUGACAAAGAGAAGAAUCUAACGUCCAUUCCGCUCUCGGCGCAGAUGUUGACGUUCAUGUGCGUGUUCCUCGUGAUGGUCACGUAUCACGGACGAUUAGUGGAGGUGACUUCUAGAUUGGACUUCCUCUGGAAACAGCAGGCCGAGAGGGAGCUCAGCGACAUGAUCGAGUCGCGGCACAAUAAUAUGCAACUGCUGAAGAACAUCCUGCCGGAUCACGUGGCUCAUCAUUUCCUGACGCAGGAGCGGGCGCCAGAGGAACUGUACUCGCAGUCUCGGGACAAAGUGGGCGUGAUGUUCGCUAGCGUCCCGAACUUCACAGAAUUCUAUUCGGAGGACGUGAACAAAGGGAUGGAGUGCAUACGUUUACUAAACGAAAUCAUAGCCGAUUUUGACGAGCUCCUCGACGAGAAUCGGUUCCAUUGUAUCGAGAAGGUCAAGACAGUCGGUGCGACUUAUAUGGCGGCUUCGGGUCUGAAUCCUACCGAAAACGACAAACACAAGGACGAUAUGGAGCAUCUUUGCCGAUUGGUGGAUUACGCGGUAGCCAUGCGGCUUCGCCUCGAAGAUGUGAACAUUCAUUCGUUUAACAAUUUCGAUUUGAGGGUGGGAAUCAGCUGUGGACCGCUGGUCGGCGGUGUAAUCGGGGCACGGAAGCCUGUGUUCGAUAUUUGGGGCAACACCGUUAACUUGGCUUCGCGUAUGGACUCGACCGGUGUCAUGGGCAAGAUCCAAGUUCCUCUAGAUAUCGCCAGGUUUUUGGAGUCGAGAGGAUACCAGACGCAGAAGAGAGGGUUCAUCGAAGUGAAGGGGAAAGGGACCAUGGAGACGUACUUCGUUCUGGGCAAGGGAAGCAUGGAGGAGCAAGGCUCGACGAAACAUACGACAAGAUGUCGAAGUCUCGCGGCCGUCGUGUACGGUGUCGUACAAGCACGACGCAAGCAAAUGCGAGCUCUUCGAAGGACAUAAUAAGUAUAGUAAUCGGCUUUUUUUUCUCGAUUUGCUAGUGCCUAGAUGCUAAAACGGUUCAUUUCCUUCGAAGUAAGAGAACAAUUGAAACGAGAAACACACAAACCGAGUUUCGCUGGCUUCGAUAAUAAGAAUGGAACAAUAGAUAUCGAAAUUUUUGUCUGAUUAUCAAAUGGACAUGCCGUUACCACUAAUUUCUAAUAAUAUAUGUUGCAUAAGUGACGUUCAAUAUGGCGUCUUGUGGGGAUCUCAUAAGCCUUCGAAGACUAUCCAGUAUUUAAUCGAGGACUGUCUUGUUAUUGGGUUCUCAACACAUUUUCACAAUUCCUUUUCUUGGUAAAUUUUAUCGAGAUCAUUCGUUCUUUCUCUUACUGGACAGCGAGAGUUCUGGACCGUUUGAAGUACCUCACCCUCUAAUUAAAAUAAAAUCUUCGUAAUACGGUAAGGACCUGCGAAUAACAACUUAAUAACCGAUAAUAAUUUAAUUUCUCGAAUGUCCGGUUAAUGCGUUAAUUGCUUCGCUUUAAUUUCUCUCAAAGUUGUAACCCUUUCGGAGCAUAGUUUCUUCAAACUUGAUCGGUGUUACCCACGGCAAUGCUACGAAAUUAUUUUUUCGCAUUCGUUUAUCGACGCUCGUUUCAAUAAUCCGCUCGUGCUCUUGUUUUUAGACAAUUUGUCCGUGAAACUUAAAUCGAAAAAUACCAAUGAUACGAUUUCUCGAUCAUUUUCCAGAGGGUUGCAACGAAGGCGUUAUUUCGCGAUUAAAAAGAAAAGACGGCAAAGAGUAUUUAUUUCUAUAGCAAUUUAAGAAUUUCUAAUCGAUGCAUUCGAUUAAUGUGUAUGAAAUUAUUUCCUUCGAUCUCGCGGUGUCGAUUAAAUAUAAUAUGUAAGGCUCGACGAGUGUAAGGUUCACAGAAAUUGUAUCUACAUCUAGCCAAGCAAUAAUGCCACAGUUGAUCGCGUAACAAAUAAAAUUAACAAAGAGAAACAAUAAAAAGAGAACAACAACAACAACAAAAAUAACACAUCCAAAACGAUGAAAACAAUUUCUGUUUGCGAAGGAACAGGGACUCUGAAACCGAAAGAAUAAAUUUCUUUUUAAUACAACCGGA